CCACACACACACACACACACACACACACACACACACACACACACACACACACACAAUGUCCAGCCAACCACUCCUCCAAACCGCGCCAGGCAAACGCAUCGCGCUGCCCACGCGCGUCGAGCCGAAAGUCUUCUUCGCCAACGAGCGCACCUUCCUCUCCUGGCUCAACUUCACCGUGAUCCUGGGCGGGCUGGCCGUCGGGCUGCUCAACUUCGGCGACAAAGUCGGCCAGAUCAGCGCCGGCCUGUUCACGCUCGUCGCCAUGGCCGCCAUGCUCUACGCCCUGUUUACGUUCCAUUGGCGUGCCAAGAGCAUUCGCCAGCGCGGCCAGGGCGGCUUUGAUGAUCGCUUUGGCCCGACCGUGCUGGCCCUCGCGUUGUUGGCCGCUGUGGUGGUUAAUUUUGCGCUGAGGAUUACGGGCGCGGGUGCCGAGCGGAAGUAGUGUGCGGUGUGUGCGAGGGUGUGUAUACGUGAUAUGGGAGUUUUUUUGGGAGUCAUGGGUUGGUGGUGUAGCGCUGUUUUGCUUUACUUUGGUAUGCUUUUGCUUUUGCUUUUGCUUAUAUAGGCUUGUUGGAAGGUUGUACAGAAGAAGAAGAAGAAAAAGUGCUAUUCCCGUUC